AUGAAGUUCUCCACUGUCGCUGCCUCUGCCGUCUUUGUUUUCGCCUCCUUGGCAUCCGCUGCACCUCAUAUGAAACGUGCGCAGGUUUGCGACCUGUCUGCCCUGCCCGGUCUGACAAUCACCACCUCUGGCGACAGUAGCGGUCAGAUCCGCUGGGACCUGUUCCAGAACUCCGGCGGUGGUAUUCAAGCCGGUACCUUGGCUUGGUUCGGUGAGAAGCAGCCCGACGGGCCCGCUCAAUUCCGGGCAAUUGCCUCUACGAACGGACCCAACAUCUUCUCCUUCCAGAGGAGCACUGAUUCUCUGCAAGUCGUCGCGUCGGGCAGCGGCUUCCAAGGCGCUAGUUCUGGCGGCACCGAGUUCCUUGUCACCUGCACUGGCCAAUGCAACCAAGCGGCUGGUGACAGAAGCCUUGCCGCGAGCGGCUGCACGAUGCAGGUCACGGACGGAAACGGUAACGGCACUGGACAGUGUGUCUCUUGGCCUGGAGGUAGCGUCGUGCCAGUAGAAGUUGCACAAUGCGACGGCAGUUCUUCUCAGCAAGUGGGAGUCUUCGCUUCAUUCACAGAGCCCGAUGAAGAGUAA